CGACAGUAAAGUGUCCGGUGCAGUGUCGAAACAAGUCCACUAAACAUACGGAGAGGCGGUGCUCAGGGAUCCAGUCUGGGGAUAUGUCAUCGCACAAUGGGGUUCCUUCCUCCCUGGCGUCUAUAGAAACAGCGCCUCCAACCCACGGAACGCUGCGUACCACCACCACCUCAGCUUCGUUCCCAUCAGCUUCUUCAUCUAGCGCCAGCAUUGGCUCCUCUUCAGGGCAGCCUCCAUCCAAACCCGCCCGAACGUCCACUGUCCUCUCCAAGAGGGUCGAGAUCCCGCGACUCUCUGCAGCUACCACCGAGUUACUGGCGCGAGUCACCCAGAAUCUCAGAGCGCAGCAGAGAAAUGAUGAUAAUAAGUUCGUCAUAUGGACUCCACCGCCUGUUAUUCGGACACUCGAAAACCAGAAUACCCGGCGGACGGGCAAGAUGAGGGCGUCUUCUACCAUUAUCGAACUGCCUACGGCCCCGUUCGUCUACUCAAACAAUGUGGCGCCACCGGCGGUUCCCCAGCCCUCCACGGCUCAGGGAAACCCGGUCAAGCCUGUUGCUUUACCCAGCUUCGCUGCCGAAUCAUCAAGCACAUCACCAGCCAGAGAAGAACCAGGGCAGUCGGGGUCUCCAGCUCCUACCAAUAUUGCUCCAAAGCCAACAGGGACACAACCCGAUGCUACAAAGUCUGGGUCUCCAGCUUCAACAAAUAUUUCUACAAAGUUAAACGGGACGCCGUCCAUUGUUACAGCAUCAGCACCACAGUUGUCUGCACCGGUGCCGUCCAAGGACGCUGCUCCAGUCAAUGUCGCUCAGAAGCCAACAGAGAUACCAUCAGAUGGUGCGAGGCCAACAUCAACUGAAUUGCCAAUGCCAGUACAGCCACAGCCCGCUUCAACGGCUAAAACAUCCCCGGCAAUCCCAUCUGCCAAACCCAAGAAAUCAGCAGCAACUAACUCACGCCAACGGAAAGGCGCAGCGAAUGGCACAAAGCGCGGCAAAAAGCGCAAACGGAAUAAUGAUAGCGACGGGGAAGAUAUCAUCAGGGCCGGGGACUCCAGUACCGACGAAUCCGAUGUUGCGCCGACUGCGACGCAAACGAAAUCCGGCCGUCUGGUUAAUCGGCCGUCGUUAUAUGUGCCUCCGCCGUCUACUCCUACGGUAUCUAAGGAUAGUACCUCGCUGGACGCAUCGGAUAAUGCUCGCGGACAGGCCGUCGCUCGGAAGCGCAAGCGUAUUCACCGCCGAGGGAAAGAUGCGAUCAUCACUUGUCUACACUGCCAGCGGGGCCAUAGUCCAUUGAGCAAUUCGAUUGUGUUCUGCGACGAGUGCAAUGCGGCAUGGCAUCAGUUGUGUCACGAUCCUCCCAUUGAUGCAGAAGUCAUCACCGUGAAGGAGAAGGAAUGGUUCUGUCAAGAAUGCCGGCCUGUCCAGAUCUCCAUCAUCCAACCAACCGUUGUUCGGAGCAAUCCUAGUCUUACGACCGGAUUGCGAGGUCCUUCUUAUCCUCCGUUGGUAGUGCCCAGGGCCGAGGUUGGUGCCGGGGAAUAUUCAACCGAUGAGCGACGAGGUUUUCUGUCGGGGCUGUCGCACGCAGCUCUCGUUGAGCUUCUCAUGAAUAUAUCGGACAGUAACCCAAUUUUACCCGUGUUUCCUGAGAAUAUGAGGGAACAACAAUCCUCGAAGUUUGCGUUCCGUCUGCCUAUCUCCGACGUGCCGACCCCAUCCACAUCUGUCUCGGGCGACCCAGGAGAUUCCACGUCUGCUUUCACCGAAGUGAAUCAAAUUGAAGGCUUUGCAUCCAGCGUCGCACCAUCAUCCUCUACUCGGAGAUAUGAGGAGGUCUCGGAUGACGAUUCGGAGUAUGAGUUCCAGGAGCACCGGUUGUAUCCACGCGCUGGAAACGGAUUCCGGCUUUCGCUCAAUGUGGAUGACAUGGACAUAAUGAGAGAGGACGCAUCCUGUCCGACAUUCAGCUAUUCGUUGCACGGGCCUGCGCGGGUGCGAGCUCAGAUGAAUGAAAGGGUUCCUGUCUGGGGUUCAUGA